AGUGAACGAACACCUGAUAAAAUCAUCCAAGAUAGGACAUGAAAAAUCCACUCUGUAACGAGGUUUUGUUAAUACAGCCCUUAACAGCUGAGGUUGACGGCUUGUAUUCAUGGUUUAUCGCUAACUGUGUUUUAAACAUUUUUCUGUCCGUUACCGCUAUCAUCUUCAACGUGGUGACAAUACAAGCGUUGAGAAGAACUUUAUCGUUGCCAGAAACUCUAAAAACACUUCUCAUGAGCCUGGCUAUCUCUGAUCUUGGUGUUGGCUUUCUUGUUCAGCCAUUACUUGUCGUGUUGCUGUUCAACUGGUUUCGAAUGAGUGUUGAAAACAGUUCGACUUGUGCGGUAUAUACCGCAUACACGCUUUUCGGAACUUUGCAUUCGUCGGCCUCGUUUUUCGGUGUUAUAGCCCUGAGUGCUGACAGAUUUUUGGCCAUUCACCUUCAUCUCAGAUAUAAGGAACUUCUGACUCCUAGGCGUGUUGUUUUCACUGUGGUUGUAUUGUGGAUAUUUUGUGCAAUUCUUUCUCUAGGGAGAUUAUUUAUCCGUUCGAGUAUUGCGGGAGCAGUUCUCGCCAGCGUGGGUGUCAUAUGUCUCCUGGUCUCAGCCAUACUUUAUUGCAAGAUUUACUUAGCCGUGCAACGUCAUAGAAAACAAAUUCAGACUCUACAGAUACAACCAAAAACAGCGAAAGCCGAAAUGACCGCAAAUGUUGUAAGUGGCAGAAAGGCAGCAAUCGGUACAUUCCACGUCUAUCUGGUGUUUUUGAUCUGCUACUUGCCAUUGCUUUGUAUCUUUGCUGCCACGCCAAAUUCUGGCCGAACAAACGCCACUUUGCAGGAAAAAAAGUUUGCGAUGUGUUCAUGGACCUUGGUAUUUCUAAAUUCAUCCCUGAACCCUUUUAUUUACUGCUGGAAGAUGAGACACAUUCGACGCGCCAUUAUAGACACACUGCGAAGUGUCAUACCCAGUUACAGCUGAAGCAAACUUGU